UGCAUGCGCUCAGCGUGCAGAACAGAUAGUCAGAUCCGAGUGCUGGACAGCACUGGUAUGCACUAAGGCGCUGGGGUGACUGGGAAGGUAUGCUGUCGGCGGGUCUGAUGAGAGGGUAUUCUUGCCGUACUACACGGCAUCGGUGGCGUGGGUGGUGAACAGCCUCAGUGACUUGAAGCUCCUGGGUCUAUGGAAAUGAGACAGGUUGAUGCACAAUAGGCGCACCUCUGCAGAAAGACACCCACCAUCCUCCAAAAUCCACUUUGACCGUGCUCGACAAUAUCAGCCUCCAGUAAAAUGUCGGAACUCAUCCCAAUCACUAAACCCCUGAAAGAAUUUGAUCAUGAAAACUGCAUAAGCGCGGUCGCAGUUUUCCCUGAUAAACUACGGUUGGUUACGGGCUCAUGGGACAAGAUGCUUCUGUUAUGGGACUUGAAGACAGGUGUUGUGUUGAGGAAGAUGGAGGGGCAUCGUAGCGGGGUGUUGAGAUUGGCAGUAUCACGAGAUGGGCAAUUGAUAGCAAGUGGUGAUGAAGGAGGAGAGGUCAUCGUCUGGCACGGAGAAACUGGCGAAUCACUCACCAAAAUCGAAGCCCACUCCAGUUGGAUCUACUCACUGGAUUUUUCUCCGGGUGGAACAGUGCUGGCCACUAGUGCAUAUCAGGACGGAAUGACAAAACUGUGGAACACCAAAACCUGGGAGCAACAAGAAGAUCCAAUCAAGUGUGUCUCUGUCAAUUGCGUACGAUACUCGCCCUCUGGAGAACUUCUUGCCAUCGCGACAAAAGACAAUAUCGAAAUUUAUAAUCCAGCUACAAGGGAACACGUUACAUCCUUCAAGGGUCAUACUGGAAGCAACUUCUCGCUCGCAUGGACGUCCGAUUGUACACGCCUUCUUACAGGUGGCAGUGGUUCUGAUCCUACCAUACGCGAAUGGGAUACAACGACCUGGCGGCAGGUCGGCGAUCCUUGGACAGGCCACUCCAAGCAAAUCAACGCCAUUGCCGUUCAUCCUACUUGCACACUCAUCGCAUCCGCAUCCCAUGACAAUCAUGUCCGUCUCUGGCGGCUCUCAGACAGACAAACCGUUGCCACAUUCGAACACUCCUCUACGCCGUUAUGCGUCACUUUCUCCAUGGAUGGCAACCACAUCCUCAGCGGAGGUAAAGAUAAGAUGAUCUCGGAGUGGGCAAUACCUCAGGGUAUUGAUUCCAAGAUCCUAGGUAUCACGACAGCCCGCGUUGCAUGCCUAGAUGGGCGCUUGUCUACCGCCGAAGAACUACUUACGCAAGAUGUUGAUAACGAUGCCAACAAUCAUACUUCCUAUGCCCAUCGCUCAUUCGUGAUGGCUCGACGACACAACUGGGACUGCGCCCUCCAGGAUGCGAUCAAGUCCAUCAGCAUUCGGCCCUCAUUGACAGGCUACAUCUCCAAGGGUAUUGCGCUCUGCGGAAAAGGCCAGGUCCCAGAUGCGAGGGCGGCAUUUGAUGUUGCAUCAAUGUACACGGACCAAGAUCCACAAAUUCUCCAUUUCCUGCUCUUGAUCAAAGCCAUCGCCCUCUUCAAUGUGGAUCAACACGAUGAGGCAAACCUGCUCCUCAAAGAACUCACCACCGGUUGUCCGAAUGCCGAUACUCUCGCGUGUUGUGUCGUGCAAGCAUAUUUGCUUCUUCAACUUGGAAUCAGCGACUUGGAUGACGCACGCUACGAAGAAGCCGCUGAACAUUUUACCGCCGUUCUCAACUCUAGCGCCCUCUUGUGGAGUUCGCCCAUUCAUUUUAUGUACGAGGACUUGGUAGUGCUCUUCGGCUGGGAUCUCAAGUCUUUGCGGCUCACUGCACAGCUGAAACAGUGCCAGGUUUUCCUUUCUGCGGGCAAAAUCGACGAGGCACUUGAAUCACACAAAUCUAUGAUGGACAACGUUAACAAAACAACGACAAAGGGCAGCUGCGUUGGCUGGUCGACUGCCUUCAAGCAAGAAUGCAGCGCCCUCUUUCUUACCAAUGGGGAUGCUGCCCUCGCGGCAAGCGACUAUGACAGGGCGAUCAACCUCUACUCGGCAGCGAUCGACUUGAACUCUGCAUCUGAUACCGUCUUUGUAAAGCGCAGCGAGGCAAGGUUGAGAAAAAUGCUAUGGACGGAAGCACUUGUCGAUGCGCAGAAGGUCAUCAAACUCAAUCCUUCGUCUUAUAUCGGAUACAAGUUGGAGCAUGCAGCGUUUCAUGGCGCGCAGCGCUAUGAUGAAGCUAUCGCGGCCUUCAAAACAAUGUUCUCAAAAUUGAAUAAUGCUCCUGACCCUAAGACACGAAAGUUGCGCCAGCAGUAUCUCAAUCCACCUGAAGUGGACCCUACUAUUCGAAAAGUCAUCGACGCUCAACUCGACAAUGCUCCGCUACGCGUACUCGACACCACCACCGGUCUCUUAUGCGAUCGAGAGAUGCAGAUACGCACCUUCAAAACGAGCAUAGAGUACAAGGAGCUUGUAUCAUCAACAAUCACACAUGGAGGUAGCCAAAUGAAGCACGUUGAAGAAGUGGUGAAGACGUACUUCUCAUAUGUCAUGCUAUCGCACAGAUGGGAAGGCGAGGAGCCGCUGCUGCAGCAUAUCCAGGGCAAGGAUGUAUCCAAGUUGGAUCCAGUUGGUGGCAUCAAGAAGUUGCAGUCCUUCUGCGACACUGCUCGUUAUUUGGGGUAUCGCUGGGCAUGGAGCGAUACAUGCUGUAUUGACAAGCGCAUCGAUGCUGAGCUCCAAGCAUCAGUCAAGUCUAUGUUCACCUGGUAUCACCACUCCGCGCUCACAGUCGUCUACCUCUCGGAUGUUCCGCCUUUGUCGAAGUCUGGUGCACUGAAAAAGAGCGCUUGGAACACCCGCGGAUGGACUGUUCAAGAAUGUCUUGCUCCCAAAGUCAUUCUCUUCUAUCAGAAUGAUUGGACUCUUUAUCUCGACGAUCGUACUCCCAAUCAUAAGGAUUCCGUCGCAAUCAUGCAGGAGUUGGAGGAGGCGACGGGCAUAGAUCGACGAGUUGUCGUGACCUUCCGCCCCGGGAUGAGAAACGCCCGAGAGAAACUUCAGUGGGCGUCGACACGUACUACCACGUUGCCAGAAGACAUCGCAUACUCGUUAUUCGGCAUCUUCGGUGUCCGCCUAAAUGUUGAUUAUAGCGAGAAGAAGCAGAGCGCGCUCGGGCGGCUCCUGCAGGAAAUUAUAGCUCAGUCUGGCGAUAUCACUGCCCUGGACUGGGUCGGGGAUUCAUCAGAGUUCAACAGCUGUCUACCAGCUGACAUCACCUCAUAUGAAGCUCCACCAUGCAAGCUGUCAUCUCUAUCCGAACAAGAUCUUCAGUCAUCGGUCUCCUCGCUGCGAGGUGAUGUGGCUCUACAGUCGGCUUCCCAGUUAUAUCAGAGACUUGACUGCCUGAGCGCUCCCCGUUUCGCCCACCACCGGUUGCAUCUGCCUUGCAUCGUAUUCCCGGUUACACAAGCUAGGCGAAGCCCAGGUCAUAACCAGGCACAUACGUAUGAACUCGAGUCAGACGGGCUUCAAAACCUCAAGGUCACUACAAAAGACAAGUUCACCCUGUUCUCGCCGGCAAGGCCGCCACCCGAGUGGCAGACGAUCUUGCUGGUUCGUCCAUGGAGUCGCCAUCUCCUCGGGCUGCAUGACACUGCAGACGAUACGCAGAACGUGGACAGUCUAUUCGUGCCCGAAUCUCCGUUGUACGAUUCACCUGGUGCACAAACUGGGCUGAAUUAUUCGAAUUCUGAUAUGCGAGCAUUGCAGUUGAUUGUUCGCCUUAGACAGCCAUUCAGUGCAUUUUUGCUAGCGCGGCAGCGUGACGGAGAAUUCAAGAGGAUCGCAUCCGAACAUGAUAUCAUGGCAUACCCUAAAGACGUCUCUAUUAGCUACUUGAUGAACAUCCAGACACUAGAGAUACUGUAGCUGUAUGCAUAGAUCUAUUUCGCUCACACUUGGCCCGGGAGAACGGUCAUGCCACUCUAAUUGUCAAACGUGGACUUUUGGUGAUACACCACCAAAUAACACUGUAAUAUUGGACUAGUAGGACGCAUCUCCUUCCCAUUUAUUCUUCUCUUUUAAAUCCCAACAUAAUU